AUAUUUCCUUCCGGGAAUGUUGGUUUUGCUCGUAUGCGUUUUACAACGUUAUCGUCAUAAUUUCUUCCGCUUAUUUAUGAUCCGUGGUCCGUGUGGUGUGUGUAUUGUGUGUUGUGUGUGCAUGUUGAUUACGUAGUUUGCAAAUGUGAAUGCUGACGAUAUAACCAGUUUAUUACUUGCACAUGGUAACGUGUUAAAAUGUCUCAACUCUUUGUUCUGUUUGAACAUGCAGCAGGCUUUGCCCUGUUUAAAGUCAAUGAGUUUGAGGAAACAGGAAUGUUACUACCACAAGUAGAGGCUUCUGUCACUGACUUAAGCCGGUUCAAUGCAGUUAUAAAACUUAUUGGAUUUUCACCAUUUAAAACUGCAACAAGUGCUCUGGAAAACAUGAAUAGUAUCUCAGAAGGAGUUUUGCCUGGUGAUCUGCAGCUGUUUUUAGAGACACAUUUACCAAAACCAAAGGAAAAGAAGAAAGAUAUUCUUGGUGUGAGUGAUCCGAAACUUGGUGCAAGUAUUAAUGAGGCAUUGGGAAUUGUUUGUCAGCAUGUGGGUGUUGUACCUGAAGUCAUCAGAGGUAUAAGGUAUCAUUUCCAUAAACUGGUGAAAGGAUUCACAUCUAAGUCUUCGGCAACAGCACAGCUUGGCCUGGGCCAUAGCUACUCUAGAGCAAAAGUUAAAUUCAAUGUGAAUCGUGUGGACAACAUGAUAAUCCAGAGCAUUGCGCUCCUGGACCAGCUCGAUAAAGACGUCAACACAUUUUCAAUGCGCAUCCGUGAAUGGUACUCGUAUCAUUUCCCAGAACUGGUGAAAAUUGUGCCAGAGAAUUACAUGUUUGCAAAAGUAGCACGCUUCAUAAAGAACCGCAAAGAGCUGACUGAGGAUAAGCUAGAAGCUUUGGAAGAAAUUGUGAUGGACAGUGGCAAAGCACAGGCCAUUCUUGAUGCUACAAAGUCUUCCAUGGGUAUGGAUAUUUCACCCAUUGAUCUGCUGAAUAUUGAAAUGUUUGCAUCACGUGUUGUUGCACUGGCCGAUUACAGGCGUCAGCUAGCUGAAUACCUUAGAAUCAAAAUGGCUGCUGUAGCACCUAAUCUGGCUACUCUUAUUGGAGACCAAGUUGGUGCCCGGCUUAUUGCUCAUGCAGGAUCACUUACAAACUUGGCAAAGUACCCAGCCUCCACGGUUCAAAUUUUGGGAGCAGAGAAGGCUCUCUUCAGGGCUCUGAAGACACGUGGUAAUACACCAAAAUAUGGUUUACUCUUCCAUUCAACAUUUAUUGGACGUGCUGGUCUGAAGAAUAAGGGGCGCAUCUCGAGGUAUUUGGCCAACAAGUGUUCUAUUGCAUCAAGGAUUGAUUGCUUCUCUGAUCAGAUGACAAAUGUGUUUGGUGAGAAAUUGCGGCAGCAGGUAGAGGACAGGCUGAAGUUUUAUGAAACAGGCGAGAUUCCACGUAAAAAUAUUGAUGUGAUGAAAGAAGCUGCUGCUGCACAGCUAUUAAUGGCCAAGAAGAAGAAGAAGAAGAGAUCCAAGAAAAGAAGUAGUGGGGUCUUGGAAGGAUUUGAUGAAUAUGGAGCUGUCACAGCAAACAGCAGCAUUACAGAAGAAACUAGUGAGCCUGUCAAAAAGAAAAAGAAGAAGGCUAGGCAGGACAGCAAUGAAUAA